AUGAGGUCGCACGGAAUAAAGCUCAACCCGGACAAGUGCACCUUUGGAGUGACAGGAGGGAAGUUUUUGGGAUACAUGAUCAGCGAACGAGGGAUAGAGGCGAACCCAGAAAAAAUUCAAGCUAUAAUGGGCCUGAGAUCACCCAAUUCGGUCAAAGAGGUGCAGAAGCUCACGGGAAAGAUCGCAUCCUUGAGCAGAUUUAUAUCUCGAUCGGCCGAUAGAAGCUUGCCGUUUUUCAAGAUCUUGCGGAAGCCUAAAAAUUUCAUGUGGACACCAGAGUGCGAUCAGGCUCUGCAAGAGUUGAAGGAAUACCUCACAAAGCCUCCGUUGCUCGCAAACCCGAAGGAAGGGGAGACUUUAUUCUUAUACCUAGGGGUGUCCGAAAAUGCGGUCAGCUCAGUGCUGGUGAGGGAGGAGACCAGUAAUCAAAAUUCGGUGUAUUAUGUUAGCAAAAUGCUCCAGGGGGCUGAAUCACGAUAUUCGGAGAUGGAAAAACUAGCCCUCGCCCUAGUUGUAACAGCUCGAAAACUACGGCCAUAUUUCCAGUCGCACAAGGUGGUGGUAUUGACGAACCAUCCUCUCAAACACGUGAUGUCACGACCCGAAGCAUCAGGAAGGCUAAUUGAGUGGGCGGUAGAAUUGGGACAGCACGACAUUGAGUAUCAACCCAGAACGGCCCAGAAAGCGCAGGUGCUAGCGGAUUUUGUGACGGAGUUAAUAGGCGACCAAGAACGACCCGGAACGCUCGAACAGCCUUGUUCGAAAUGGAUGCUGCAUGUCGAUGGGUCUUCCAACGCGAAUAAUGGAGGAGUGGGCAUAUUGAUCCAAGGACCCGAGGGUGUCGAGAUAGAAGUGGCUGCUCGACUAUCAUUCCCAGUAACAAACAAUGAAGCGGAAUACGAGGCAUUGGUACUAGGGCUGGAGCUAGCAUAUGAGGCAGGCGCUCGCGAUCUGGAGGUUUUCACCGACUCACAGCUGAUCGCUAUGCAAAUUGAAGGAGCAUACAAGACGAGAGAGAGAACCAUGACACAGUAUAAAGAGAUCGCGCAACGAUUGAUGAGAAAGUUUAGUGGAUGUUCGGUUUCACAAGUUCCCCGAGCAGAAAACGACAAAGCGGAUGCUCUGUCAAAAUUUGGUGCGGCAAUGGAUGGAAUUCGGGAUCGCAAAAUCACAGCCCUAGUAUGCGAGCAGUCGGGUCUCGCGGGCAGAUCAGAAGUCCAGGUCGUUUCAACGACGGGAUCUUGGAUGAGCGAAAUCGUAGGCUACCUUGAGGAGGGUACUUUGCCUUGCGACCCGGUGGCAGCCAAAAGACUCAAAUUUUGGGCUGCUCGAUUCACACUGUUGGAGGGCCAGCUAUACAAGAGGACGGUGGACGGCCCUCUCUUGAAAUGCUUGGACGAAGAGAGGGCCAUGUAUGUGAUGCGGGAAAUACAUGAAGGAAGCUGUGGCAAUCAUUCCGGGGCGAGAUCGCUGGCUCAGAAAGUGAUGCGACAGGGAUAUUUCUGGCCCACCCUAGUCGAAGACUCAAAGAACUUGGUGAGAAAAUGCGAAAGCUGCCAGAAGUAUGCUUCCUUAAUACAUCAGCCCGCGACCCCAAUGGAACCAAUCAAGAUAGCGUGCCCAUUCGACCAGUGGGGAAUUGAUAUCGUGGGACCCUUUCCACCCGCGCAAGCUCAGAAGAAGUUCAUCAUCGUAGCGGUCGAAUAUUUCUCCAAGUGGGUCGAAGCGGAGGCGGUGGCCAAAAUAUCCGAGAAGGAAGUUAUCAACUUCAUCUGGAAGAACAUCAUAUGCAGAUUUGGUAUACCCAGGAUACUGAUAUCCGAUAACGGUACGCAAUUCCAAGGCAGGAAGAUCACGGAAUGGUGCAAAGAGCUCAAGAUCGCACAACAUUUCAUGGCAGUCGCGAACCAUGAGGCGAAUGGGCAGACCGAGGUGACCAAUCGGACAAUCUUGCAACACUUGAAGACGCGCCUCGAGAGCAAGGGAUCGUGGGUGGACGAACUGCCCGGGGUCCUGUGGGCCUAUCGCACGACACCACGAACCGCUACGGGCGAGACCCCUUUCUGCUUAGUAUACGGGACCGAAGCCAUCAUCCCAGCCGAAAUUGGGGAGGAAAUCGCAAAGAGUCAUGCAAUAUGA